UCUUCAUGUGAAAUUGUUAACAUCUGCCAAUCAGGAAGCUUAAAGAAGCUUAAAAGCAGUAAGGGAAAUGAUAAACUGAGCAGCUUUCUAACUUGCAGCAUUUCUUACUUAAUACUGUCAUGCAGUAAAACAAAGCUAACUGGGAGAACAGAACACCUCAAGAUUUCUGCAUGUGACUACAACUACAUGUUAAAGCGUCCUUGUUGCUGCGAAUCAAAAUCAAACAAGAUAAAUGAGGAGAGUUUUUUCAAGAGAAGGUUUCAUUAUCUCUUUCCAGAGAAGGAAAUGUUUGAUACUCUUGGACUCACUUCUAUGAUUUGGUGGUAUAUGAUGCUACUUCAUCCCUUGCAUGCUGACAUCCAGUGUACGGAGUCAGAGGGCGAGGAAUCACCUAUUACAAAUGUGAAUUUUGACCGGAGAAAAAUGGAACUGUCCUGGGAGAGCAGCAGGAAUUUCUCUGAGUACAUAUGUACCAUCAUGGACGGGGACAUGGCAUAUAUAGACAUAGAGGUGGAUAGUCCACUAUGCAGCUUUCCAGUGGAAUUGCACAUGCCUCUGCACAAAGGGGUAUUGUUUAUCAUUAAAGUGCCAAACACAAACAUCUCAGAAGAAUGCACCUUUCUCCCUGAAGGCAUGAAUGGGUCAGCCAUUGAAAACUUCUCCUGUGUGAUUUAUAACAUCUUCCUCAUGAACUGCACUUGGCUGCAAGGAAGGGAUGCUCCAGCAGACACACAGUAUUUUCUCUACUGGCAGAAGUCAGGAGAUGAAGAGGAGAUGGAAUGUGAACUCUACAUUAAAGAUGAAAAUCACAGAAAUAUGGGAUGUAUCUUCCAAAAUGUGAGCAUAGGGAUUGAAAAAGCUUACUUCCUGGUGAAUGGAUCCAGCAACGACUCCCUGAUCCAGUUCUAUGAUGAGUACAUUGACCUGUAUAAAACUGAAAUACUCACUGCUCCAUUAAAUGUCACUGCCCAUUGUACCAGAGAUUCAACAGAUUGCAUUAUUACGUGGCAUCCACCCCUUACAAGUCAUGUGGAAAAAGCAAAGUGUUUUCAGUAUGAAAUUAGCAUACAAAAUAAGGAUGAGCCCAAAGAAGAGAAAAAGCUUCCUCGUGUAUGGAAUGACAGAUAUGAAUUCCAAAAUUACGAUGAGAAAAAAAGAUACACUCUGAAAAUCAGAGCACGUGGAAAAAACUGUCUCGUAAGCUCAAACUGGGGGGAAUGGAGUGAACCCAUUGAGUUUGGUACUGCAGUUUCAAGAACAUAUUUCCUCCCAUACCACAACCAAAAGACAAACUCAAUACUGAUGAAGAUAUUCAGGUAUGAUUUCUUCUCAACUCAGUCAAAUUUAUUAACUAUAAACCAUAACAGGCCAAAGACUAACACUGACUUAUAAAAAUAAGCAUUAACAUUUGGUCCAAAACCAAUUUCUGCCAUGCAAGCUAUGCUGCUUUGAAACCUGAAAUGCUCUAUGCCAACACUAAAACAAAAGAUUGUCCUCGAGGUAUUUGCAGAUACAUUUUAAGACCAGUUUUCACUUUUAGUGAGACCUGUAUUUCUGUGUGUACCAGCUUUGCAAGGUAGCUGUUCAUACUUUAAAAAUCACUUUAAACUUCACCUAAGUGAAGAUGCAUUUUCCAUUAGCAUUUUCAAACAUCAUUGGUCAUAACUGGUCAUGUGAAUAUAUAUUUCAUAAGCCUGACCUAUACCCAUGUAAAAAAUCCUGUCACACUUAGAGCAAAUCAACAGGGCUGGAAAGACUUAACAGUUCAAAUAACCCUCCUCCUCCUUCAACAGAGGAUUUGCAAUUUCGUUAUUUUGUGCAAAUUCUAUUUGACCAAUACACUAUAGCAUUCCUGUGCAGCCUAUUCUAUGUGUUUAGCCUUACUUUGAAAAAGCCUUUUUAAUAGCUGGGUUUAAUGCAUUUAAAAAUCCACUACUUUUUACCCUUAUUCCUUUCCUGUUUACAGUAUGUUACACACCUGCACACUGUCAACAGCAAGUAACUCUUCUUUCUGCACACAUCAUGACAAGCAGUCUUCAAACCAUGCUUCUCAAAUCCAUCCAUUUGAGCAGUGGCUUGUAUGGUGACUGCAUAGCGAGGGGAUGCUUUCUUUUAGCUGGCUAAAGCAAAGACAUACUUGAAGUCGGUAAAUCACAUUAGUUAUUAAUUGCCUAAAAUUCAGCGGGCAACACCACGCAUUCCAACGAGGAUUCCAAAAGAGAAACACGAAUUUUCCUUCAAUCGUUUACAAAGCAUCCCCGAAUCUCUGACUACUAAACCUCUCUAAUUUUGGUAACUAUAUACCAGCUUGUGGUCCUGAUUAAUUUGUCUUUGGUCCUACCACCUUUGGCUUUCAUAGACAGCAGGUAGGAAUGUGACUUGAGAUAGGUUUCCUCAUACACCUUAAGUCAUAAAUACCUGGUAUCUCACUUCCUACCAGGCUGCCACAGCUAAGGCUACAGAGCAGCAGGAGUCCACAGUCCAUCAUAUUAAAUAAUAAUAGCCAGGAAAAUAACAAGCAGCUUUUGGAAAUGUGGAGACUGCUUGCUUUUCCUAAAAUUGAGUGGCUUCCAAAUUCCUGUGCAUACACUACCAAACAAACUCAAAUCACUCCACUACAACCCAGAGGCCUUUGUGGAUGAGGUCUGUAAACUGUGGCCCAGGCACUUUCAUUCCCAGGGGAGCAAAGCAGCAACAGCAGUUGCCACAGUUAAGUGAAGCCCUCAUGUUACCUCACACUUGCCAGCUGGUGCUGUGAAGAUAAUUUAUAUGAUUCUGACACGUUUAAACAGUUUGAUCUACUCUUAAAACCCAAUUUUAUUUUCUCUCUUCUCUCCCAACUCAGUACCUUUAACACUGAUUGAAUGUUGUAAUUCUUCAGUUAUUAAAAUAAUAACAAUGUACAGAAAGGACAUUUUCAAAAGCUCUCAUCCACUGAAUACCAAACAUUCUCCCUGAUAUUUAGUGCUAAUAGAUUUUUGAGCUGUUUUGAAACCCACAAUAUCCUUUGCUAAUCACCCCUUUUUAAAGCUUGCAUUUCCUCAUUUUGCCUCUAUUUACUCAACAACCUUUCACAUUUUCUCAUUCUUUUCUCCUAUUAUACAAUACUUUUUCCUAGAUCACUGGAAAAGCUCAUGAUUGAAAAAACCUAACUUUCUGUGUUGCAUCCUUAAAACACUCAUGGUAAAGAAUUGCCAAUUUUACUCGAUUUAAGAUCCUACCAGCCAAAUCAUUCAGUGCAUCAGACAACUUGCACUCCUCUAAUACAUUUUAUUUUACUCAUCUUACUACAGACCAUUGACUUUCUAGUCAUUCUCUCCCCAUGUUUUCCUCACCGUUACUGAGUUUUACUGCCUCUUGCCUGGAGUUAAACAUAUUCCAAGAACUUGCAAGGCACGCUCUUUGUUCAUUUUCCUUGGAGAAGAGUGAAGUAGCCCAAAAUACCAUGACCACAAAGCCCUGCAGUGCUUUUACCCAGUCUUCAGAAUUCCUAGAAAUUAAGUCCCCAGGACACUGUGGUUUGAUGCUCUGCAACAUACUCUCAGUAUGACAGCAAGCUUGCUUUUUUAACCUUUUCCCCCACCAGUACUGUCCUUCCUUUUUAUUUACUUUCCCUCAAAACCUUAAACUCCAGGUGCUGUAUGAGUGCUACAAUCUUACCUAGCAGCAUGCACUCCCCUAGAACUCCAGGUUAGCCAAUGUAAAAAUCUGUGAUAGCAACCGAAAUAUUUUAUCUACACAUCUAGCUAAUGCCUACAUAUGGAAAAUUCAGCCAGUAUUGACUGAAUAAAUUCCUUCCAUCGUCUCAGCUAAGGUUAUCCAGUGCCUAAAUCAGCUUCUGUUCUUCCUCCUGCUGACAGCUAGUACUGAUCAGACAUAUUGAAACAUUUCUUAACUGUCCUUAAAAUUGUUUUCUCCUGCCUUGCAAUCAUUUGUUAAGUAUUAAAAGACCAAGAUGGGAUGCCUUUGGUACUGCUGAAACUAAUGUUCAGAACGCCAACAGCAACUUGGAGCUUACUGCAUGGUACAGAUUAUUCUUUCUCUUUAGAUAGAAUAUGUGAAUCUACUAGGAAAAUGUCAUACUGAGGAAAUAACUAGAAUUGAAGAAUGAUCCAGCUUUCCAAAAACACACCUGAUUCCCCAACAUGAAAGAACAUUAUGGAUCCUGCUGACAAUUACUUCAAACCAGCCUAUGAUCACCUAUAAAAUUGUUUGUCCCCUUAAAAUCUACUUAAAAUGAAGAUGAAAAAAAAGGAGAAAAAUGAGUGGAAUUUGUUUUCUCUUCAAACCUGCAACACCUGACAACUAAGCUUUUCUGAAAGCAUCUACUUUGAUGAAGUGCUUAAACCUUGCUAAGAGGUUCCUCACAAGAGACAAGCCCUCUUAUCCAGAAUAAAGCUGUUACUUCUUGUCAUUAUUGCUAUAAAGCUUCUUUCCUCUCAUGACUUCCUAUAGGCCAACAGGCUUGCUGUAUAAUGACAAAGUAACUUUACUGUAAUUUUUAUAUGCCCAGUUACUUUCUAAAGCACAAACCAGCUAUUGAGAAUGUGUUUAAAUUUGCUCUUUGAUCUUCCAACCAGUAACGCUAAACUAUCCCAAUAUAUGCAAUUAACCUUAUGCAAGACAAAAACAAAAUAAAAUCAUACUUGUCAAUUAUAAUCAUUAAUACUGGUCAGCCAUUUGAGCUCAGUAGUGCCACUGAAAAUAGACCUCUGCAACACUGAUCCUAUACAGUUUUAGCAUGUACCUAAUUCACACAAAUAACAUCUAAAGCCUUCAAAUCAAUCCAACAGUUGUGAGAAAUGAAAUAAAAUCUAAUAUUUAAUAGCUAGACUUUAAUUGUAAAAUUUCCUUCCAAAUGUAUUUUAGUUUCCCCCUUCAAAGAGUGCAAAUGCUAUUUCCAAUGCCUUUUAAAAAUCAUAUAGGCUUUAGAUGCCAGUAUUUUCUUUUACAAAUGCUGGAUAUUUUCUGUUCACGCUUUUCAAAAGGAAUCAAUUUCAGAGUUUCAAUAAGACAGAGAACCAUUUUUUUUUUAAAGUCUCAUUUAUUGUUUGCCUCUUACAUCCCUAAACUGCACCACACUGGAAAUUGCUGCUGCAUGACUAAGGGAAGCCAUAUAUUAAAAAAAAAAACCAAAAACCUUAACACCACAAAUUAGUUCAUAUUGAAUGUACAGCAUAGAGAAACUGAAGUUCUAUUUAAACACCUACACUUGCAUUUGUUCCUAUUCUUUUGGUUAAACCUUGUUCUGAAGGGGAGAUUGGGUGUCAAAGUCCUGUCCCUGUCAGGGGCUGCUGUAGUAACUAUGAUGUUUGGUUUCUCUCACAAAGCUUGGGCCACUGUACACUCACAGGAGGUAGCCCAUCAUUAUCUCUACCCUUCCAAGGCACGGAUACAGAAAUAAACCUGAUUUAAUGUAUUUAUAGAGACAAAAUGUCUCCCCCUGCCCCCCGGCAAAUUGAUUAGCAGGGUGAACACCAAAUGACCUGCCUGGACCACAGGGAGCUGCCACAGCCACACAGGGUUCAAGAACCACUCACUCGCAGCGGGUACAUGGAGUUUGCCAUUAGCCUGUGUUCAAGGUAGCUGUGUAAUGUCCUUACAUUCACAUACAGAUGCUGAAAGCAGUGCUUGUGCAACAGUGAAAGGAAAAAGGUAAAGUAGCUCGAGAGGAAGGUAAUAACCAGCCAAAGCCAAGCAGGUAAUUUAAAUACUUAAUCUUGAAUUGCAAUCUCAGAAGGCACACAGAAGAACUCAAGACAGCUCUGUCAGCCUUCAAUGAGUCAUACAGUAACACACUUAUGCUUUCUCAAGAUAUAGGGAGAGUUCUUAAAAUAUGAUUAACACCUUGUUUUCCUCUCUACCAUGUCUGCAGAUUACAAAGUACAAAAGAUAUAUAUACAUAUGAAGAAUGGCACAUAGGUAUUACAUUAUCUCAAAGAGAAGUUAUGAGAAAUUACUCAAUCUGGUCUUCUGACCAUCCCUAAACAUCAAGCAGUUAAUACUGAAGGCUGACCUACUUUGAUCUAUUAUUUUACAGCUACAUUGAAGCACACACAUUCCUUCCCUAGAGCCCUUCAACUUCACCUAUUAGACUGCAACUUAGUUCAGAUAAAAUUCAACCAUCCACAGAGCUACUGACCACCGCUACAGAUGAGGCCAAACAGGAUCUUGAAUGGCCCUAUCAACACUUCCAACCUGCAGCAACAAUACAAUACAUAGGUCACUCAGAAGUUGAAGGCAUUUACUGGGUUCCUGGGUUUUUGCAUAAAUGCCAUGACGCUUUCCAUAUUGUUUAAAAAAAAAAAUUAGGCUGUUUUACCAAGGACAAGAGCAUUAUGUUCUGACAGUCCUUGGUACUUUGGGUUUUCCUAGCACUACAACUGAAUCCCACUCCCCCCGAAUUUAAAAUCACAGAAGUUGUAAAUCAAUUUUGAAGAAUCAUGCAAAAAGCCUCUUGCAGCAGCCAAUCAUACACUAUCAGGCACAAAGAACGGGAGUGGUUUUUAUUAGUAUAACCCAUGCUUCCCCACCCCUACUUGCCAAAGAUCUCACAUGUAGUUAUUUUUUAAAAAAGCUUAUUUUGUUACAGAAUGCAGUGUAAGGGUAUCAGAGGACCCAUUAUCUGAAACAAGUUUUCAAAUACAAGAGGCUUUUCCAAAGCUUUUAUGUAAUAAUUUCAACACAGACCGAGUAAGUAUGUUUAUUGUUUUACAGCAGAAUGCCCCAAUUUAAGAACAAAGUUGCUAGACGUUCAGCUGUGCAAAAUGGUACAUAGUGCUUCAGUACAAGUGGAAAAGAACAUGAUUUGUUAGCAAAUGCUUUCAAAUACAAUUUUAUGGUCCUAGAGGAUAAGACUUGAAACUGAAGACUGAUCCACAGGCUAAAGUUUUUUUCUAAAUUGGAUAGAACAACUUUGGACCCAGAAUCAACACCAUUUAUUCCUUACUGCUGUAAAGAAAAAUUGCCACACUGAAUUGCCAGAUUCAGUGUCUUCAUGCAUGUUACCGAGAAGUGGAUCAGUCAUCUAUGUCAGUUUCUAGCCUCAUCUAGAAGUAUCAUCUGGCUCCGAUAAAUAAGACUUACAGGAAUUUCUUGAAGGUCAAUGGUCCAUAAUGGUAGUUAUUCUACAUGAUCUGCUCAACUUGAUUUCCAAUUCUAUUUAGGCUGUUUAAAUUACUUUCUUGAAUUCAUCGUACAGCACAAGCACGAAAGCACCCCCCA